GAAGUAGAAAUUCAUCUGCAACUGGUACACCAUCACCAGAAUCAUCAUUUGAUUCAUGUAUUAUGACACCAAAUCUUCCAGUUUACACUGAUCGCGACAUGUUGGAACAUCAACAAAGACGAUUUGCAAGAAUGAGUGUACAUCAACCAAUGGACCUUGGUGCACAAAAUAAUCAUGAAAAUGUUCCAACUAAUUAUGGUUCUUCUGCUGCAAUAAAUAGAUAUCCAUAUGCUGGAGCUCCAGGUGGUGGUUAUUUUUCAGUACCAUUUGAUUCAUACAAAUACAUGAAUGGUUCACAAAUGUUUCAACAAUUGAGUCUUCAAUUGAGUCCACAUUCUGGUUCACAAUCAAGUCGUCAAUCAUGUUCUCAAUUAAGUCCAGAAUCAAAUUCUCAAUUAAGUCCAAAUGAACAAAAUAAUUCAGAAUUACAAGCUGAUAAAUCUGAUGAUUUUGAUAAUGAUAAUAAUCAAGAUGAAUCUGAUAAAAAUAUAAACAACAAAAGAAAAAGAAAAACAAAUGAAAAAACAAAAAGUUAUAGUUGUAAACGUUGUGAUUAUGUUGCUUUAUCAAAACUUGAUUUUUGGAAACACAAUGCAAUUCAUAUUAGACCAGAAAGAAGAUUAGAAUGUCCAAAAUGUCCAUUUGUAACUGAAUUAAAACAUCAUUUACGAUUUCACAUGGAUAAUCAUAAUGGUGCUAAACCAUUUAGAUGUGAAGCAUGUAAUUAUUCAUGUGUUAAUAAAUCAAUGUUAAAAAGUCAUGAAAAAUUACAUUUAGAUAUAUUACAAUAUAGAUGUGCUGAUUGUACAUUUGCUGCAAAAUAUUAUCAUUCAUUAAAAAAACAUUUAAAAAAAUUACAUCAUAAAGCACAAGUUAUAUUAAAUAGAGAUGGUACACCAAAUCCAUUGACAAUUAUUGAUACAUAUGGUACACGUAGAGGACCUAAACAAAAACCAGUACAAAAAAAAUCAACUGAUGAUAAACAAAAUGAUAAUCAAAAUAUUGAAAAACAAAUUGAUAAAUCAUUUGAUAAUGAAACAUUUCUGAAUAUAGACAAUAAUUUUAUAACAAAUGAAGAAUAUGCUGAAAAACAAAUUGAAGAAUUUAAUGAUAACAAUGAAAUGCCAAAUAAAACACCAAAGUUAUCAAAUGAAAUAAUAUCAGUACCUGAUAAUAAUAAAAAAAUUAAUAUAACUGAUAAUAAUAUUAAUAAUGAAAGUACUAAAAAAAAAUUUACCUGUAAUUAUUGUGAAAUUUCAUUUGUUAAAGAAGUUAUGUAUUCACUUCAUAUGGGUUUUCAUGGUUUUAAUGAUCCAUUUCAUUGUAAUUCAUGUGGUAAAAAAUAUGAAGAUGAUGUAUCAUUUUUUCUUCACAUUUGUCGUUCUGAGCACGCGUAAUAAUUUAAAUUAAUUUUUUUUUUUUUCCAUAAUUUAUUUACGCGUUCUAGUCAUAAAUGUUAUCCCAGUAGAUUCUGUGAAUUAAACAAAACAAAAUUAAUAAGGGUGCAAUUGAUAGAUUUCUUUACC